AUGCUUGCUCCCCACGUUCUUUCCAUUGCUGCGUGUUUGCUCCUUACGCUCCCAGGUGUUCACAGCCAGAGCUCGAACACGACAAACUCAUCAGAUGCAACGACAAUCUAUCUCCAGGGAGGCACGAUUGUGACCUACAACCCGGCAACUUCCUCCAUUGACAUCCUCAGGAAUUCAUCGAUUCUCAUCGCGGACGGCGAGAUUGUGUCUGUGGGCGAAACUCCGUCUCCAGAUGUCCUUGCUUCCGCCGAGAUCGUCAACGUCGUCGGCAAGAUCAUCUCACCUGGGUUCAUCGAUACCCAUCGUCAUGAUUGGCAGACCGCAUACAAGACCAUGGCGUCCAAUACAUCGCUCGUGGAGUACUUCCAGCGAUACGGGGAGUUCUCUCCUACAGCCUUGAGCUUCACAGCUGAAGAUGUGUACAUCAACCAGCUGUACGGACUGUACGAGGCGUUGAAUUCAGGUACCACCACCACGCUGGAUCACGCCAGUCACACUUGGUCCAAGGAAACCUCGAAAGCAGGACUGCAGGCGAGUGUUGACAGUGGUGCGAGAGUUCUCUGGACGUACGCGAUUCAUGAACUUGGGGAUGCGUUCACAAUCGACGAGCAAUUCCAAGACCUGGAAGAGCUGGCGAAUGAUGCAGAGGGACUGUGGACAGGUACUGCUACAAAUGUUGGACUUGCCUAUGACCGAAUUCCCUUUGGCCCUGCUGCUGAGGUACAGAGAGCUUUCAAACUUGCAAAUGAUCUCAAACUCUCGGUGAUUACGGCGCACCAUGUCGGAGGACCAUAUGGCUACGGCAGGGUGAUCCAAGUCGCAGAGUCGUACUCUGUUCUAAACAGUACUGUCCCUAUCGUUUUCUCACACUCUUCUUCCUUGACACAAGACGAAGCCGUUCUGCUUCGCAAAUACGAUCAAUUCGUAUCCAUCACCCCCGAGUCCGAGCACCACUACGGACACGACCACCCCAACAGCUACCAUAUCCAAGACCAGUCUUCGCUCGGCGUGGACACCCAUUUCACCUUCUCUUCGGACAUCAUCACCCAAGCUCGACUCUGGCUGCAAGCAACCCGCCUUCGCCUGUACCGCAAAUCCCUCGAAGCCUUCAAGGCACCACUCAACAACCCGAUGAGCCACAACCAAGCCUUCAUCCUCGCCACCUACAACGGCGCAAGAUCGCUGCGACGGGAAGAUAUCGGCAUCAUCGCGCCCGGCGCGAAAGCCGACAUCGUGGUCAUCGACGGGGAGUCCCCCAACAUGCUCGGAUGGAAGGACCCCGUCGGCGCCCUCAUCCUGCACUCGAACGUGGGUGACAUUGAGCACGUCAUCGUCGACGGGAAGUUCAAGAAGCGGGACGGCAAGCUGCUCGUUGAUUUCGAAGCGACGAAGGAGAGAUUCAUGGCCAGCGUGCAAAAGAUCCAGUCCUUCAUCCAGGACAGGGACUGGCCCGUCCUGGAAGGGGAAUAUUCGGAGGGUAUCCUGUAUGGAAUGACGGAUACUGUGGAUGUCCUGAGAGGAGACGGGAAUGGAUACUAG